AGGGUGGGAGUUCUUUAUCUCUGUCUCUUUAUUAGACAGCCUGGGUUUAUUAGUACUGUUGGUCCGUAUCGAUGUGUCAGGGCAGAAAAAGCCAGUAUAUAUUAAUUGGGAUCAGUGAUCUUCAUCUAAGGACGGAAAUUAAGAAGUGUAAAACUGGAACCCCGUCUGGUGAGAUGGAAACCAAUCAAGAACAAGUGGAUGAUCUAAAAGAAAACAAACGUUCUCAUCCAGAAAAGGUUUCGCUGGAAUGGGUAAUCUUCUAAAAGUCCUUACAAGGGAAAUAGAGAACUAUCCACAUUUUUUCCUGGACUUUGAAAAAACCAAAUGGGGAAUCUGUUAAAAGUGCUCACUUGCACAGAGCUUGAUCAGGGGCCAAACUUUUUCCUUGACUUUGAAAACGCACAGCCGACAGACUCUGAGAGAGACGUGUGGAACCAGGUGAACGCUGUCCUUCAGGAGUCGGAGAGCAUCCUAUCCGGCUUGCAGGCCUAUAAGGGGGCGGGCCAGGAAAUACGAGAUGCAAUACAAAAUCCUAAUGACAUGCUCCUUCAGGAGAGGGCCUGGAACUCUGUGUGUCCCCUUGUCAUUCGCCUAAAGAAAUUUUAUGCCUUUUCAUUAAAACUAGAGGAGGCGCUGCAGAGCCUGUUGGAGUCUCUAACGUGUCCACCGUUCACUCCCACUCAGCAUCUGGAGAGGGAACAGGCCCUUGCUAAACAGUUUGCCGAAAUCUUACAUUUCACCCUCCGCUUUGAUGAGCUUAAGAUGAGAAUUCCAGCCAUCCAGAAUGACUUCAGCUACUACAGAAGAACAAUCAGUCGAAACCGAUUAAACAACAUGAAUCUUGAUAUUGAAAAUGAAGUAAAUAAUGAAAUGGCCAACAGAAUGUCUCUGUUUUAUGCUGAGGCCACGCCCAUGUUGAAGACCUUGAGCACAGCAACUACAAACUUUGUGACCGAGAAUAAGACGUUACCUCUUGAGAACACCACAGAUUGUCUGAGUACCAUGGCAAGUGUGUGCAAAGUCAUGCUGGAGACUCCAGAAUACACAAGCCGGUUCAACAGUGAAGACACGCUCCUCUUUUGUAUGAGGGUGAUGGUGGGGGUUAUUAUCCUUUACGACCAUGUGCAUCCAAAUGGUGCCUUCAACAAAUCUUCGAAAAUUGAUAUGAAGGGGUGCAUUAAAGUCUUAAAAGAUCAGCCGGCGGAUAAUGUCGAAGGGCUUCUCAAUGCCCUCAAGUUCACCACAAAACACCUGAAUGACGAAUCCACUCCAAAAAAUAUCAGAACGAUGCUCCAGUAAUGGUUUUUUAAUUGAAGCGGGUCAAUACUCAGACCUCAAAAGAUGUAUAUGUUUACAUUUAUUUAAGUAUUCGAUGUUAAUACUUGGGUGUAUUUACUUAAUCAUUCCCUCCAAGUUACUGCAAUGUAAAGAAAGCAGACCUUUAUUCUAAACAAAUUGCCUAUACCGUUGACAAAAGCACAGAUUAAUAAAACCAAGCAGCCUUAUAAAAAAAUCAGAAAUAUUAUAAUUUGCCACUUUCAUUACAGAAGUUGUGUUAUCCAAAGGGCCUAAUGCAUUAAUCGGGAGACACACACUGUACAAAUACAAAGUUGGUUCAACUUUAAAAAAAAGUAUCUAACAUGGUUGCCUUAAAAUUUGGAGUUAAUUCAACUUAAAAAUAUUAUUUAACUUUUAAAAGUAUUUAAAAUAUUAUUUAAAAGUUGUCAACUAAUUUUUUUAAGUUGAAUUUAACAAAUUUUAAGGCAAUCAGGUAACUUACUUUUUUUAAGUUAAACCAACUUUUUAUUUUUUUACAGUGAUGUGCUUAUAUCUAUAGUGUAGUCAACAGCCAAUGUGUUUGUUUGGAUGGUUGUGUCUUUUUGUAUUUUGUAAUGAGGUAAUGUUGAGAGACAGUUUAGUUAAACACCAUAAUGUGAUGUAAUCGUUUUUUUAUUUUCUGUUUUUGUUCCUUCAAAAUCUGUGGUGAGACAUUAGCUUUUAUUUUUGUUAUCAUGUGACGCGUGCUGUCUGCGCUUCUUUGUUUCUAACACGUUCGUUACUUAACAAUACAGCUUUAAAUUUGAAAUAAAAGUGACAUUUUGAUUAAUUUUAUGUGAA